AUGUCACGUUUCGCCCUCUCGGCGCUGGGCGUCACUCAGAGCGUGUUGGGAUUCACACACAGUUCGCUCAUUCGACAGGAAUCGAGUGCUUCGGCGACAUGCUCGAAUCCGCAGUUGUCCUGCCAGAAUAGCAGUGCUGUGACAGAUACCUGCUGUUUCAACUCGCCUGGAGGAGCGCUUUUGCAGACGCAAUUCUGGGAUACGAAUCCUGCUACUGGACCGGAUGACAGCUGGACGAUUCACGGUCUUUGGCCUGACAACUGUGAUGGCACCUACGAAGCCAAUUGCGAUGAUCGACGUGCCUACACGAACAUUACAGACAUUCUCAAAACGUACGGCAGGCAGGAUCUGGUCGACUACAUGAACACGUACUGGACCAGCAACUCUGGGUCUGCAGAGUCCUUCUGGGAACACGAAUGGGGAAAGCACGGCACCUGCGUCUCCACCCUCGACCCAGACUGCUAUACAUCCUACCAACCCACCGAGGAAGUCCCUGCGUUCUUCAACCGAACCGUCGACCUCUUCAAGUCAUUGCCGUCCUACACCUGGCUUUCCGCCGCGGGUAUCACUCCCUCCUCUUCAAAGACCUACUCCCUGUCCGCCAUUCAAAAUGCUCUGGCCGACAAAUUCGACGGCCACGCACCUUACGUCGGCUGUCGCUCCGGCCAACUCGAUGAACUGUGGUACUUCUACAACAUCCGCGGCAGUCUUCAAACCGGCGACUUCGUCCCAACCGACAGCCUGACCAAGUCCAACUGUCCCAGCACGGGCAUCAAGUACCUCCCGAAAUCCUCUGGCAGCUCUCCAACCUCGACCGGUACCUCCGCACCAGGUAGCAGCCCCACCUCUUCCCCAGGCGGACCUUUCAGUGGCUCAGGCUACCUAAACGUCAUCACCGGCGGCUCCCAAAAAGGCUGCAUCAUCUCCUCCGGCACGUGGUAUACCAGCGGCACCUGCGCGACCUUCACAGCCACCUCUUCCGGCGACGGCUUCACCCUCAAGUCGAGCAAAGGAGCGUGCGGAAUCGUGUCCGGCGCGUUGACGUGCGGGUCCGGUGUUUCCAGCACGAUCUUCACGGCGGAUGGGAACUCGCUGCAGUAUGGUGGUGGCACGGCAUUCUCGGCAGACUCGACGGCGAGCGGGAGUACGCAGGUCAAGGUGUAUGCGGGAAGUGGACAUCCGACGGGAUUGACGGUUGAAUGGCAGGGUAAGUGA